CGGAAGUAGCAAGAUGGCACCCAGUGGCUUGAAGGCGGUGGUUGGAGAGAAGAUCCUGAAUGGAGUGAUCAAGAGUGUGAAGAAGGAUGGAGAAUGGAAGGUUCUGAUCGUGGAUCACCUGAGCAUGCGCAUUCUGUCCUCCUGUUGCAAGAUGUCUGACAUCAUGGCUGAAGGCGUGACAAUUGUGGAGGACAUUAACAAGCGCAGAGAGCCCAUCUCCAGCCUGGAAGCCAUAUAUCUCAUCUCGCCAGUGGAAAAGUCGGUCCGGGCUCUCAUCAAUGACUUCAAAGAAACAGCCUUCACUUACAAGGCGGCUCACAUCUUCUUCACUGACAUUUGUCCCGAUGGCCUCUUCAGUGAAAUUGGGAAAUCGCGAGUUGCUCGGGUCAUCAAGACGCUGAAGGAGAUCAACGUGGCCUUCCUGCCCUACGAGUCCCAGGUGUUCUCCCUGGACAAUCGCAGCUCCUUCCAGUCCUUCUACAGCCCGCUGCGGGUGGGGGAGAGGAGCCAGAAGAUGGAGGCGCUGGCCGAACAGAUCGCCACACUCUGCGAUACGCUGAAGGAAUACCCCGCCAUCCGUUACCGACGUGGUCCUGAGGAGAAUGCUGCUCUGGCUGAAAUGGUGUUGGACCGACUGAACGCUCAUAAAGCAGACAAUCCCAGCAUGGGGGAGGGUGCGGACAAGGCGCGCUCCCAGCUGUUGAUUGUGGAUCGGGGGUACGACCCCAUCUCUCCCAUCCUGCAUGAGCUGACCUUCCAGGCCAUGGCGUACGACCUGCUGGACAUCGAGCAGGACAUCUACAGGUACCAGACGACAGGGAUUGGGGAUUCCCGGGAGAAGGAGGUUCUUCUGGACGAGGAUGAUGAGCUCUGGGUGCAGCUGAGGCACAUGCACAUCGCUGAUGUCACCAAGAAGGUUUCGGAACUGCUGCGGAACUUCUGUGAGAGUAAGAGAAUGUGCACAGACAAGGCCAAUAUCAAAGACCUCUCUCAGAUGCUGAAGAAGAUGCCGCAGUAUCAGAAGGAGUUGAGCCUGUACUCCACCCACCUGCACCUGGCUGACGCCUGCAUGAAGAAGUUUAAACUCACCUUGGACAAGCUGUGUGAGGUGGAGCAGGAUUUGGCCACAGGGAUAGACGCUGAGGGGGAGCCCAUCAAAGACGCCAUGAAGAGCAUCGUCCCAGUGCUGCUCAACACUGACAUACAGCCGUACGACAAGAUCCGCAUCAUUCUGCUCUACAUCUUCCACAAGAAGAAGGGGAUCGGUGAGGAGAACCUGGCCAAGCUCAUCCAGCACGCCAACGUGCAGCAGGACAGCAACAUCAUCACUAACCUGCAGCACCUGGGCUGUCCCAUCAUCGCUGGGGGGAUGAAUGCUGGGAAAACGCUGCCUGACAGGAAGGUUACGGAGAGCACCUACCAGCUGUCCCGCUGGAGCCCCACCCUCAAAGAAGUGAUGGAGAAUACCAUAGAGGAUAAACUGGACAAGAAGCUGUGGCCGUUCAUCUCUGACCCUGCCCCCGUCAGCACGACACAGGCUGCAGUCAGUGCACGCUUUGGACACUGGCACAAAAACAAGCCAUCGGCAGAGUCCCGCAGCGGGCCCCGCCUCAUCGUCUUCGUGAUUGGAGGAGUGGCGCAUUCUGAAAUGCGUGCGGCGUAUGAGGUGACCCGCGCCACGGACAGCAAGUGGGAGGUUCUCAUUGGUUCCUCACACAUCCUCACACCCACCAGCUUCCUGAAUGAUCUGAAGACCCUGGACCAACCCCCUCAGGACUCCUAAAUCAUGACCCCAAGUCAGAGAGUCGUCGACCAGCCCCUUUACACUGCUAUCUCCUCAAGUAGUCUACACACUGAAAUCUCCUCACUGUACCCUACAAACCGUUGUCUAUGCAUUCUGAACAUGGUCCUUGUGGAAAGGACUUUGUGUUUAUCUGUUUCUGUAUUACAAAGGGGAGAAAUCCUCACCACAUGUACACUGUUAGCUUCUCUGGGGAUGCCGGCUGAAUGCAGAGUGACCUCUUUGUGGGGUGUCACCCUCGGGUCCGGUGGUGGUUUUUGGGGUGAGGAGGCAGCCAGAUGUGAUGGAGAGUGUUACUGGUGAUUGAUUGGUCAGGCCUACUCUGGCUCUGCCUCUCAGUGAUUUGGUAAAUGGCCCCAGGGGAUGAGUGAGGAAAACUAAACCGUCUUUUAAAAAAAAAACCUCUUAUUUUAAUUAUGAAAACUGUCCCAAUUGGAAUUUGCAAUAUUUUAUUUCUUUUUGCUUAUUUAAGUGCCUGGAGAGUGAACCGUGUGGUGUAUAUAUUGAUACUGUGACUGAUAAAUGGUUCUGAAAUAUAUUUAAUUUAUAUACACAGAUGUCUAUAAAGAAGCUGAUCUGAGUACUCCACAGAGUGCCUUAUGAUGUUGUUGUGGGUGUGUGCUGUUGGUGUGGGUGCUCUCCUCCGCUGCCUGACGCUGGUGGCCCUCCCGCUCUCCGCAGACGCUGUUGCCGUGCAGGUUCCUCUGUUCCUCACCUGAGCUCCAGCUGUCCUGCACUGCAUGACUGUGGGCUGGGGGG